AUUCAAGAAUGGUAAUCAUACAUUUAUUUUGACUCUGAUUUGCCCAGGUACUUGACUUUCCCUGACAGUGUGGCUGCUCAAGGCAAGUCCAGAGAAAACAAUCAUUUAUUUGCCAGAUGGAGGAAUGAUGAGGGAAGUGCAAGAGAUUUUAGGGAAUUAGUGGUAUUGAAAUAAUGGACUAUGGAACAAAAGGUGGAUAAGGAGGUAAAAGGAAAUUGCUGUAAUAGCUGGUCUCUGUGGGAAGUCUUUUUGGCUUGUCUCUUAGCCUCUGUGAUAACAACAGCAAUUGGAGUACUCAUAAUAUGCCUGGUGAGCAAUAGAGGAAGUGACAAUUCUCCCAUUACUAGCCAGCUACCCUCCAACAAUGACAUUCCCAGAAUGACAUCUACUACUACCAAACCUGCAGUGACCACCACUUCAACUGAACCUACAACUAUAACCACUUCCAUGGAAUCUACAACCACUGCAAUGUCCACUGAAUCUACAACCUCCACAGCCCCCACCACCACUACAACAGGACCCACAACCUUGACAGACCUCACAGUCACUACAGCAGAAUCUACAACCUUGGCAGGUGCCACCGUCACUACAACAGGAUCUACAGCCUCAACAGGUGCCACCACCACAGCAACAGGUUCUACAGCCUCAACAGGUGUCACCAACACCACAACAUGACUGACAACCAUCACCACCACUACAACCAGACUUACAAACACAACCUCAAUCACCCCUUAAAAGAAACCCACAGGUACAACAGCUACCACUAUCACUUCAACUGAACAUAUAACCACAAAAGCUACAACCACCACUUCAAGUGAAACCCCAGCCGAUGCCACUUUAACAGAAUCUACAACUGUUGCAACUUCAGUAACAACAAAUGCCAUUAUAACUUAAUCUUAGUGAACAGCCAAAUCAGUUACUACAUCUACCAUCUCUCUGGCUGAACCCACAGCAUGACUUACUUCAGCUGAAUCUACAACUGCCAUCCUUCUACUUCCCCUACAACUACUGUAACUGUCACUUAGUUUAGACUAACACUAACAGUGUUCAUUGCUCUCCUUCAGCCAUCUAUAAUCUUCACUAUUCACCUAAAGUACAAAUGGCAACCAUUUUCACUUUACUAGAGUUACCAUCAUUUGUCAAAAUGUUCUCUUCUGUGACAAGUUAUGCUUUCGUUAUGAUCACUACAACAGCCUACAACCAUUCUCCUCACUGGCUUUUCUCCCAAAUAGUAGCUGCCUCUUCUCCAAUAUCUGCUGA